AUGAUCAAAAGAAGGCCGCUCCAAUGCCAUGAUCUCCUUCCAUUAUGCUUUCCACCAGCAGCAUUCAACACAAAAUCGCGAAUAGUAUGGAUCUGCUCGAAUGUCGUUAUUUCAGUUUUAGUAAUAAUUGUUCAUAUUUUUGCUCACAUCAAUUGUCGCAAGCAUGCCUUAGCAAAUAGCAUCCGUGGCAGGAUUACUGAGCGCAACCGACGAUUACUUCACUCAAUAUUUAUCGUCACGGGUGUUUACAUAUUUACAUGGUUUGCUACUGUUGUUCUCCUACUUAUCACCCAGAUGUUCCAUCUUAGCCCAGCUACUAUUACUAAAAUCAAUCUACAGAUCGGAUGGUUGGUAAUUAUCAAUACCUCCGAUAAUUUUUUCAUAUAUUUCUGGAGAGCUCCAGAUUAUAGGUGA